UAAAGAUUUAGUGUGAGCUGGAGAAGGGAGGGGGCCAGAACAAGGAGAGCGCUGUGCUGAGGAGAGGCGACGGCUGGACGUCCCGGCUGGACGGACGGAGAUCUGGGGGGGAGGCAAACACACAGGGUCCACUGGAUCAGGAAGAUGCCCUCUCGCUGCAGGAAUGCGCUGAACAUCGUGGCCACCACCCUGUUUGCUGCGGUGGUUCUGUUCACCAUCCUUCUGGCCUACGUCACAGGUUACCAGUUCAUCCACACCGAGCAGCAUCACCUCUCCUUCGGCCUCUACGGCGCCUUCCUCUCCCUCCACCUCUUCCUCCAGAGCCUCUUCGCCUUCCUGGAGCACCGGCGGAUGCGGAGCCCGGCCCGGCCCCAGCACCUGCGCCGUUCCGUCGCCCUCUGCAUCGCUGCCUACCAGGAAGACGCGGACUAUCUGAGGAAAUGCCUGCGCAGCGUCCGGCGGAUCUCCUUCCCGGGCCUGAAGGUGGUGCUGGUGGUGGACGGGAACCGGCCCGAGGACCGAUACAUGAUGGACAUUUUCCAGGAGGUGAUGGGCGGAGCGGAGCAGGCCGGCAGCAUGGUGUGGAAGGGGAACUUUCACAGCGAUGGCGGGGAAGGAGGAGGCGUUGGAGGAGGGAGGAGGAGCGCGGUGCACAUGGAGGAAGCGUCCCGGGUGGCCCGGCUGGUUAAAGGCCGCCGCUACUCCUGCGUCAUGCAGGAGUGGGGCGGGAAACGGGAGGUGAUGUACACCGCCUUCAAAGCUCUGGGCGACAGCGUGGAUUAUGUUCAGGUGUGCGACUCGGACACUGUUCUGGACCCGGCUUGUACUAUAGAGAUGCUGAAGGUUCUUGAGGAAGACCCGAUGGUGGGGGGAGUCGGCGGGGACGUGCAGAUCCUCAACAAGUACGACUCGUGGAUCUCGUUCCUGAGCAGCGUGCGCUACUGGAUGGCCUUCAACAUCGAGCGAGCUUGCCAGUCCUACUUCGGCUGCGUCCAGUGCAUCAGCGGCCCGUUGGGGAUGUACAGGAACUCCUUGCUGCAGCGCUUCCUGGAGCCCUGGUACCACCAAACCUUCCUGGGCUCCAAGUGCAGCUUUGGCGACGACCGCCACCUCACCAACAGGGUGCUCAGCUUCGGCUACAAGACUAAAUACACGGCGCGGUCGCAGUGCCAGACGGAAACACCCACGCAGUAUCUGCGUUGGCUCAACCAACAAACACGAUGGAGCAAGUCUUACUUCCGUGAAUGGCUCUACAACGCCCUCUGGUUCCACAAGCACAGUCUGUGGAUGACCUACGAGUCGGUGGUCACCGGUUUCUUCCCCUUCUUUCUGGUCGCAACAGUGAUCCACCUGUUCUACCGCGGGCGGCUCUGGAACAUCCUGCUCUUCUUGCUGACGGUGCAGCUGGUUGGGAUGGUGAAGGCCACCUACGCCUGCUUUCUGCGAGGAAGUUUGGUCAUGAUCUUCAUGUCGCUCUACUCUCUGCUCUACAUGUCCAGCUUGCUUCCUGCCAAAAUGUUUGCCCUGCUCACCAUCAACAAGGCCGGAUGGGGAACAUCUGGCCGCAGGAAGAUAGUGGUCAACCUCAUUGGUGCUGUGCCGGUCACAGUUUGGGCGCUGGUGCUGCUGGGAGGCGUGGCGUAUACCGUCUACUGUGAAACCCAGGAGCCGUUCAGCGAAACGGAGAAGGCCUUGUUGAUAGCGGGGACAGUGCUGUACGCCUGCUACUGGCUCAUCCUGCUGGUGCUGUACUUAGCCAUCGUAGCUAAACGAUGCAACAAGAGGGAGGAGCAGUAUCACCUGCCGUACGCGGAGUCCUGAACCGCGGCGGCCGGAUGGUUUCCAGGUUUCACUGCAGUUUGACUCUACAAGGUGGAGCAAAGAGCUGGGAUCUUCAACACUGGUGCUACAAAGACGAGAAUCUGAAAUCUGAGAGAUGGAUGGUGCUUUGUACUGUUUGGAUUCAGGUCUUAAAGCUGC